CUAAAAAAUACGGAGUAUAGUGAGUAAUGUGAAGGAGAAGGAAAAAAAAAAGAUAUCUUUGGAUGGAGCGAGCUUUGAGGAAGUGGGGAAACGCCGGCGGCGCCAUUGCUAGCUUCUUCCUCAUCUGGAAAAUGGUCCGGAGACAUUUGCCGCUCGGCCUGCUCCGCCUUCUCAACCGGUGGUCGCGCAGGCUGAGCGUCUUCUUCAACCCCUACGUUCAAAUCUCCAUCCACGAGUACAUCAAGAAGAACAUGAGGCCUCACCCCGCCUACGCCGCCGUGGAGGCUUAUCUCGGCGCCAAGUCCGCCAAAGAAGCCACGAGGCUCAAGGCGGAGAUACCCAAAGACGGCUCCGCCGCAGAUGGUCUCAGCAUGGAUGAGAACCAGAGAGUUGAUGACGUGUUUCGCGGUGCAGAAGUGCAGUGGGUUGCGGGUAAGGCUCAGUCACGCCUUGUGAUGACCGAUAAUUCGGAGUUGAUGACGAGAUCAUAUAAAUUGAUUUUCCACAAGAAAUUCCGGAGUUUGGUAAUAGACUCGUACUUGGACCACGUAAUAAAUUCCGGGAACGAAAUCCGAGGACGGACUACGAAGCAGAAGCUCUACACGAAUGGGCACGGCAGGACGCCGUGGAGCCACAUCGAGUUUGAUCACCCUGCGAGCUUUGAGAAGCUCGCCAUGGAUGCAAGAAAGAAGAAAGAGAUUAUGGAUGAUUUGAUCACUUUCAAAGAGGGGAAGGAUUUGUAUGCAAGGAUAGGGAGAGCGUGGAAGCGGGGAUAUUUGCUCUAUGGCCCUCCCGGUACGGGGAAAUCCACUAUGGUGGCUGCGAUGGCAAACUUUUUGAACUACGAUAUCUAUGAUCUUGAGCUCACUUCUGUGAGUGACAACACUGAACUGAGACAGCUGUUGACAGAAACCACUAGUAAAUCGAUUGUUGUGAUUGAAGACAUUGAUUGCUCGCUCGAUCUCGCUAAGAAUCGAAAGGAGAACAUGGUUAGAAAGACCAAUGACAAUGCUAAGAAGGGCAGCAAAAACAAUAACGGUGAGAGACAAGUCACUCUCUCUGGACUGCUGAACUUCAUAGACGGUUUAUGGUCUACGUGCACUGGGGAGCGGGUCAUUGUGUUCACUACCAAUUACGUUGAUAAGUUGGAUCCUGCUUUAACGAGAAGGGGGAGAAUGGACAUGCACAUCGAGAUGUCUUAUUGCACUUUUGAGGGAUUCAAAGUGCUAGCGAGAAACUACCUCGCGCCGGAGGAUCAUCCCAUGUUCGGAUCGAUAGAGUUACUGAUGACAGAUAGUAGAAUCACACCUGUAGACGUUGCUGAGAAUCUCAUGUUCCAAUCGCAUGAGAAGGAUGUCGAGAAACGCCUCGAAAAUUUGGUUGAAGCUCUAAAACAAGCAAACGAACAAAUUAUAUCAGAUCAAGUCGAACAAGUAGCUGAAGAGAAUGAAUUCCUCAGAGAUGGAUAAUUCUUUUUCUUAUGUUGUGUUUUAUAUAUGACUUAAAUGCACGGUUUUGUUGUUGUUGUUGUAUUUCAUAUCCAUUAUAAAUGUUAUUGGUACUAAUUUGUUAAGACAAUUUCAUUAAAUUGAAGUUUGAUUU